AUUGGUUUCUAUUACAUAAAGAUUAGGAAAUCUAUAUAUACAUAAAAAACUUAAAAAUAUAAGAAACCUAAUUCCUGGCUUCUUAUUCCUCAGAAGUUUAACCAUUGUGAUCGGAAUAAUUUUAGGCUAAUACGGAGUAUCUAUCUUCUUAAUAUAAUAAGAAAAGGAAUCUUGCAGAGCAAGUUCCCGCCCAAAGGUAGUAGCUUCUAGAAUUGUGAUGCCACUAUUACAAGAAUAUAUACUUCGUAGCUUUUUAAUUAAUGAAUCCGUAAAGAGAAUUCUAGAGAAGAUUUUUGAUUGGCUAUUAUGGUUGAGCAAACGGCUGAUGUUUGGUUUCCCCAAUAAAUCGAUAUUGGAACGAAAUGCAACCGAUUUAUAAUCCGCGAGGCAAUCAGUGGUUUAUAUGGAUAGAUGCAGGAACAAGAGCAACCGGCAAAGGAGACUAAGGUUUACAGGAGCAUGUGUUUUUCAGGCGGCUGAAUUGGUAUCCAUGGGAUUGAGAUCUAGGUUAUUCAUUUAACUGUAUAUGAGGUCGGUGGUAUAGUCGGUAUCUAGGAAUAGUGUAUGUGGGCUUACAAAUGAAUGGUCUUACUUGGUUAUCUAAGAAUAGUUUAUGUGUGUUCAAAAAAAAAUGAAUGUAGAUAAAAUUCCUUUUACUUCCAUUCAUAAAUACUAUCGGUAAGUGCUAACAGCCUAACAGUUCACUUUUGUCAAUGUUGUAAGGAACUUUCACCUUCUUUCUUGGAAGUUGCCAAGAGGCAUCUCACACCUUUUAAGAAGGAGCUAUCCAACAAAUGAACAUGGGAAGAGAUUUCUUGGAGAUAGCUAGGAAACUCCAUAGCAAUGGGAAUGGAAGCUUGUAUGCAACUUCCUCAUGUCUCCCAUAUACACCUAUAAAUAGGGAGUGUAUUGUUGUUCAUUUGUAUCAGUUUAGAAAGUGAGAAAAGUGUGUGAAGAGUGAAAUACACUUAGAGUAGAAGUGUAUUGGUGAGGAUUGGUUUUUUGUAAUAGUUGAGUGUGAGAGUUUGCUCCUCCUAUUGUAAUUCUGUUCUUGAUAUUGAAUAGAAGAAUUUUCCAAUCCCAACAAGUGGUAUCAGAGCGAGGUUGAGUUUUCAUACACUGUUUUCUCAUUUUUAGAUAAAUUUCUACAGGUUAGAAAAUCGUGAUUUUUCAAGUUGCUCGGAAUCACGAUCUGAUCAUACCGUUAGAUUCGUCUCGUCGAGACGAGAAAUCUGGUAUUUUUGGGGAAUUUUUUGGCCACCGGAAGAGGCCGUACGCGCCGCCCAAAUGCGCCGGAAAACUGCCUGCGUCAUCAUUGCGUCAUCACGCAGUCCAGAGGAAGAAGACGAGCCACGUCAGCCGCCACGUCAGCCGCCAUGUCAGUCCACGUAAGCGCCACGUCAUCCGCCACGUCAGCCGUGCAAGCCAUCCUCUGGGUGCCACGUCAACGCCACGUCAUCGCCAGCGCAGAACCAGCUGUUGCCACGUCAUCCGCCUGCUGGUCUGCUCACUGGGCUGCUGCUUGAACCGGACCGAACCGGUUCGUACUUGUGGAGGCCGGUUCACCCAUUUUCAGACCGGUUUUGGACGAGGUCAGACCGGUUCCUACCAUUUUCCGGCCAUUCCGGAUCCAACGGUGAGCUCCGUUUGUCCAAAUUCGGCUCCGAAAAUAAGGUACGAGAUAUUUUGAGCGUUUUAUUAUGGAUAAAUCAUCAUCGGACACCAUGAUUGCGCUCACUUCCACAAAUUACAAUAUGUGGAAGCCUCGGAUGGAGGAUUUGCUAAAUUUGAGGGAUUUAGCCGAUCAUCUUGAUAAUAAUGGCGUGAAACCGGAUAAAAAGACGGAUGAAGAAUGGAAAAAAAUGAAUAGAAAAACUGUCGCACAAAUUCGGCAGUGGAUCGAUCAUAGUGUGCUCCACCAUGUUGCGCAAGAACAAAGUGCUUACACACUAUGGGAGAAGCUUGGUAGCAUGAAUCAAGCAAAAACCGCCCGAAAUAAGACAUUACUAAUGAGGAGAUUAGUAAACCACAAGUUACGAGGAGGUAUUUCGGUGUCAGAACACACCAGUCAAUUCCAGGAUCUUGUGAAUCAGUUGAGCACCACCGGAUGGGUUCUCAAAGAUGAAGAGCAGGCGAUACUACUCUUGAGCUCUCUACCUGACAGCUGGGAGACUCUUGUUGUCACUCUCAGCAAUUCUGCCCCCAAUGGCAAAGUGACUAUGCAGAUGGUCACAUAUGCCCUUAUGAACGAAGAAGCCCGAAGAAAAGAAGCCGGGACUGAACAAUCAUAUGCCUUCGUGUCAGAAACCAGCAGACGAGGGGGAGGCAGAAAUGGAGGAAGAAGUCGAGGUCGAGGUAGAGGCCAAUGUCAAAACAGAGGAAACUCUUAAGUUCGUGGCAGAUCACAAGAGAGAGGUAAGUCUUAUGAAAACAAUAAUUGGUUUGAAGGAUAUUGCAAUUAUUGUAGUAAUUAUGGGCACAGAAAAAGAGAUUGUAGAAAGUUUCUACGAGAACAGCCACAAACGAGUCAAAAUACUAGCCAAGAAAAUGGUGAGGCCAUGGUUAGUUUGUCAUCAGACGUGUGUCUUGUUACACAUGGUGAACAAGAAUGUUUACACGUAAGUACUCAUGAAGUUGAGUGGGUGAUUGAUACAGCCGCAUCAUUUCACGCUACUCCACACCAGAACUUAUUCACAUCUUAUAAGUCAGGAGACUUUGGAGCUGUGAAGAUGGGAAACACGAGUUUCUCGAAGAUUGUUGGCAUCGGUGAUGUGCACAUAACAACCAAUGUCGGAUGCGCACUUGUGUUGAAAGAUGUUCGACAUGUUCCGGAUCUUAGAUUGAAUCUUAUCUCCGGUACAGCUCUGGAUCAGCAAGGAUAUCUUAACCAAUUCAAAGAAGGUACGUGGAAGUUAUCUAAAGGUUCCUUGGUUGUUGCAAGAGGCCAUAUUUGUGGUACUCUUUAUAUAACUCAUGCAAAGUUGUGUCAUCCAAGUCUUAAUGCUGUUGAAGAAGAGAUAUCACCAAACUUGUGGCACCGGAGGCUCGGCCACUUGAGCGUGAAGGGAUUGACAACUCUUGCAAAGAAGGAAGUCAUUUCCAUGGGCAAAGGUGUUGCCCUAGAUCCAUGCGAGCACUGUCUAUUCGGGAAACAACACAAGGUUUCCUUCAGUUCUACCAGGAAGAACCAUUCAGAGUUACUCAAUCUUGUACACUCUCAUGUAUGCGGACCCAUUGAAGAGGAGUCAUGAUAAGUCCGUAUUUAGACACGCAUUUGAUGCGUGUCCGGGUCGGAUUUUGAUGAUUUUUCUGGCUUCAAGGCGUUGCAAGUCUCAAUUUUGGCUCAAGUUGUGUUUAACAGACGUUGGAUUGAGUUUCAUAGCAUUUGGAGUUUAUUUGAAGAGGUUAGAGUCCGGCAAUCGGCGCUUGAGAGGCAUUCGGGAAGGAUUUGAAGGCAUUCGAGAAAGAUUUGGAAGAUUUGGAGGACACCGUGAGAUUCACGACGGAAUUCUGGUGAAGAAAGAGCAUUUGGAUCGAUCUCGUAGGCAUUCGGGAGCAUUGGGAACGAGAAACGAAGAAAAACAAUGAAGAAAAGGGCAGGCACGGCCGUGCCUAGGGCAGGCACGAUCGUGCCUGCAGUUAGAAUCAACGUGAAGCUACUGGCAGCCAGACACGAUCGUGUCCGGUGCAGGCACGAUCGUGUCUGCAUAUUUUUUACGCGUCCCUUCCGCAGGCACGAUCCCAGGCACGAUCGUGCCUGGCAUCGUGUCUGGCCCCGUUUUGUCCUAAAUCAGCUCAACUUCUCCUGUUUUCUAUAAAUAAAGCCUCCAUACCCACUUUUGGGGGUUACGAACUUUGGAGAG